AAAGAGAAAUCGGAAUAAAUUGCUGAGAAAGAAAGAAAGAAAGAAAGAAAGAAAGAGGAGAAAGAAGAAUCAUCGCAGCCUGCCAUGGCCGCAUCAGCCAAUCUCGGGAGCCUGAGAUCGACGACGACGUCGCUGUUUUUUUCGAAUCGGCCAUUCUCUUUGUCCAUGUUAAGAAGCUCCCUCGUAUUAAGGACAUGCCUUAUUAAGCCCACACCUCUCCGGCUCCUCGUGUCGUGGCCACCGCACCACGGCUCUUCCGUCAGGGCCAUGUCAUCAUCGUCAUCGUCAUCUUCCUUGGAGGAGACAGUUAAAACGACUGUAGCAGAAAACCCUGUGGUUGUCUACUCCAAAUCCUGGUGCUCAUACUCGUCGGAAGUGAAGUCGUUGUUCAAUGGGCUUCAAGUUAAGCCACUCGUUGUUGAACUCGAUCAACUUGGUGCAGAGGGGUCGCAGCUGCAGACUGUCUUGGAGAAACUCACUGGACAAUUCACUGUUCCUAAUGUUUUCAUCGUCACUGCUCCAUCACUUUACAAAUCUUAUUUCGUAUUUCAUGACCAGGAGGCAAGCACAUUGGUGGCUGCUCAGAUACGCUGCAGCUGUACAAUAAAGGACAGCUCGAGCCAAUGUUAGCUGAGGCCAAUGCCAAAACCGGUCGGACCUAGGGAUGAAACUGGUUGGAGAUUUGGUUACGUUUCCUUUUUGUUUUAUCAGAACCUCUGAAUUAAAAUUCUUCAAGUUGACAUGAUUUGGUGUUUUAACGUUACUGUCUGCAUAGAGAUUUCAUAAGAACCUAUUUUACGUACGUC